CCGGGCGCGGAGAGCGGCGGCGGCGGGGCCCCGGGCGGGAGCCUCCUCCCGGCCCGGAACGGCCCCCCUCCCGGCGCAGGGGCAGGCCGGGGCGGGGGGCCCCGGCGCCCGCGCGGCCUCGGUCCCGUCGAGGAGGCCGGGGAGCCGCCAGGGCGGGGCGAUGCCGGGCGGCGGCGGCGGCCCCAGCCGGGGCCGGUGACCAUGGGCAUUGCCGAGUCCACGCCGGACGAGCUGCCGUCGGACGCGGAGGAGCAGCUGCGCAACGGCGAGCAACAGUUGGAGCUGAGCGGGAGGCGGCUGAGGCGGCUGCCUAGUGCUGUGUGCGCUUUGAGCCGCCUGCAGAAACUGUACGUGAGCGGCACCGGGCUGCGCGAGCUGCCCGAGGAGAUCGAGGAGCUGCGCGAGCUGCGCAUCCUGGCGCUCGACUUCAACAAACUCGAGCGUCUGCCCGACGGCCUGUGUCGCCUGCCGCGCCUCACGCGCCUCUACCUGGGCGGCAACCGGCUGCUGGCGCUGCCCGCCGACUUCGCGCAGCUGCAAAGCCUGCGCUGCCUCUGGAUCGAGGGCAACUUCCUGAGGCGAUUCCCGCGGCCGCUGCUGCGCCUGGUGGCGCUGCAGUCGCUGCAAAUGGGCGACAACCGGUUGCGCGCGCUGCCCGCGGAGCUGCCGCGCAUGACUGGCUUGCGCGGCCUCUGGCUCUACGGUAACCGCUUCGAGGAGUUCCCGCCCGCCUUGCUACGCAUGGGCCGCCUGCACAUCCUCGACCUGGACCGUAACCGCCUGGGCGGCUUCCCGGACCUGCAUCCGCUGCGCGCCCUGCGCGUCUUCUCCUACGAUCACAACCCGGUCACUGGGCCCCCGCGCGUCGCCGACACCGUCUUCCUUGUGGGCGAGGGCGCUGUCGAGCGCAUGGCGGAGCGCGACGAGCCCACGCCCCGGCCGCCGCCACGGCGCCCCGUGCGGACCUUUGAGGAUGAGGAGGAAGAAGACCUGCUCGUAGGGGGCGGUGGCUCUCGGGCUCUGGGCCCCCCCCGGGGCAGCCUCCACGCCCUGGAAGCAGCUCCAGGACUGGGCACCUGAGCCUGUGCUCCGGGGGUGAUGGGCUUUGGCCACUCUGGGAGGAGGGGCUCGGGGAAGGUUUGUGGGAACUCUGGGCCCCUACUAGGGCCAGAGGAGGGGUCACUUUGGUCGAGCUGCCGGGGCCAGGCAGCCCUGGGGGCCAUUUUCAGACAUUCCAGGGUAGCCAGAAGACUGCCUCCUGGCUGGUCUCUGGGUGGCCGGCAGGCCAAGAAGUCCCAGCCCCGUCCAGUUCCUGUGACUGCGUCUGGUCCCUCAUGGGGUCACUCACUGCACAAUCAAGGUACCAGCUUCCUCCUGGGACCAGGGUCACCAGUGACCAUGGAAUCAUCACCCUGGCUGUCUGGAUGCCCAGGGCGCCCACCAACCUCCCUCCUUCUGGAGUUUGGAUCUUCGGGGUCCACCCUUCCCGGUGCUGGAGCCACUACCUCCGGGGUGGACCACAUGCUGAUGUGAGGCAGAACUGCCCCCAGAGGAAGGCCUGGCCCGGGGGCAGGGGCUUGGAGUUAGGGCUGCUGCGCAGGACAGACAGGUGUGCGGAACUGGGAUGGGGCCCGUAACACCGUAGCCGCCCUUGCCCUUCCACCGAGGCUCAUGGUACAUACCUCCCUCCCCAAGCCCCCUCAAUUUUGUGUGGGGAAGAGGAGACUCCGAAGGCAAGGUCUCUACCCCCGCCUUUUAUUCUCUUCUCCCAGCUUGUACCUGGAAUCUUGCUGGGAGCUCUCCCUCCCUUCCCCACAGCACGAACCUUCCAGCUGUCAAGUUUGAAAAGAAGCCACUGUGCCUCCAGGGCCUCCUGCACCGGAGAGAGAGGCUCUCUGCUCUGGGAGGCUGCUCCAGCGUCUCCCUCCCUGCCUGCAUUCUCCAUUCCCUUAAAUGGGCACCAUCAGGGUGGCUGGCACAGCAUGGGGCAUGGGACGAGCACUGUGUGUCUCCACUCCGUCACCAGGGACAGCCUUCCGGGGGUGAGGAGUGGGGGCCUUGCUCUGCAAUUCCCAGGGCCAGAUCUUUCCCAUCCAAGCAAUAAUGGAAGGAGGGCCCAGGGCCAGGGACACUCAGGGACACUGUCGGGGCAGGGGCCCCCACAUGGUAGUGUUUUCUUUAGGAAGAAGAAGAAGAAAAAAAAAAACUGGCCGUAAACAUAAAUUAUAUUUCUUGGAGAAAGAAUGUGCGUUU